GUGUGCAGCAAUGCUUUCCAGGACCUCAAUACUGUAGGAUGACAUGGAAUGGUAACGUUUUGAGAAGUAGAAUUUGGUGAAGGUCUUCAUUGCAGCGCCUUUCCACGUCUUGCAUACAAGGCGGAAGUUGGCAAGAUCCUUUUUCUCUGCGGACUCGGCGUUUGUUGCUACAGAAAAUCCUACCAAGCGCUGUUUGCACACCACACCCUCAAAGAGGGGAAGCUGCGACCCACGACUGUCAAUUUCUGUCAAGCUUGUUAUUUCUCACCAUCGUUGGUUCAGCCAUGGCAGGCGCAACCCUUCUGAGCCUCCCACCUGAGGUUCUGACCCUCAUCUUCACCAAUCCCUCCGACCUUGUCGCCAUCAGAAGCAUCUGUAAGAAGUUUUGCAAGGCGGCCGACCGCGCAUUCGCGCUUGAGUUCUUCUCUACGCGUGAUCAUGUCGCCUCGCCCUACAGCAUCAAUGCACUGGUUGCCAUCUCUGCCCACUCAUUCUUCGGUCCCUUCGUCAAGACGAUCAGGAUGAACGCUUUCCGCGCUCUCGCUACUAUCAAAUCACCAGACAAAACGCCGUCCAAGCCUAAGAGCGCCUCUCGCAAGAGCGGCAAGAUCGAUCAGAGCAUCAAGACCGAUCAGAGCAUCAAGACCGAUCAGAGCAUCAAGACCGAUCACGUCCGAACCCACAAGCGCUUUUUUGCAGAUCUUGUGUACCGCAAGCUGAUGGUGCAAGUGUUUGGAAACAUCAAGCAACAUGGCAACAGCAUCAAUAUCGAAGUUCACGAUAGCAAAGCCCUUUCGACACGCCUGUUUCUGGGAUCCACAUUGUCGGAGACCCUGUUUGCCGCCGCGCUUGCAGGAUGCACCGUCAGCGGUGUUGGAGUCGACAUCCAAGGACUUGCUCACUACGACUCCAUGGCCAGGGCUACUGAGCUUUGGACCGUGUUGACAGAUCUGCUGCACCUAAGCAAGUCAAGUACAAGUCCGCUUGGUGCACUGCUCCAUCCCAACUCAGAUGAUCAGACUCUCUUGCGUCAUUCCUUAUCUGAGAUGAGCUUCGAGCUCAGGUAUCUCGAUCAGUGGGAAGUGCGUUACAAACACCCAGAGCGCUUUCUAGGCAUCCGCGAGAAUUUGUGUGAUUUGAGCGAUACCGACGUGUAUCACGGAUUUUUCCACGCUUUGCUCGCAUCGACCUGGUUGUCAAACAUCCACAUUCAUGACCUGAAGAUCUUGGGUCUUUCUCUGCCGCACCAUGGACCUGGACUUUCCAUCGAUAGCCUCGUCCCUCAUCUCAAAACUGUCACUGGUAUCACCUUUGGCGGCCUGGGACUGGACGAUAAGGAGGAUUGGAGCCAUGUCGUAGAGCUGCUCUCCACUGCUCCAAACCUAGUGUUUUGUCGACUCUACAAUCUGCAUACCGAGUCCCUCUCCGCAUUCCAGCAGGAACAGAGAGAUGAUCGCUUGAUCAAAGAUGGAGUGGUCGUUACAUCUAUACCCUGCGGUCAUGUUCCCGAUCCCGCCAUUGAUGUAAGACUUGGCGACGUUUCCGCCAUCCUCAAAGAUCUCGCUGCUGUACUUGCUGCAGACACUGCUGCGUGGCAUGCGGGAGAGGAAUGGGAUAUGGAGUUGACCAGGGCGGACGAAGUCGAAGACUAUGGCUUUCUUGCCGGCCUGACUCUGGAAGAGAUGCUUUUGGAUAUCACCGGCGGAGCCUACGGCUUACCACCACUCGGUGGCGGUUUCUUUGCAGGAUUUUGA